AUGAGUGGUUUCUUGGGGUUGACCUAUGCUGUAAACCAAGCAAUUAUUAAUAAUAGAAUGGAUACGAUGAUAACCUCGCUGUAUAAAUUGCACUUCUUUACCAUAAUUUUUGUUGCAUAUGCUUUUGAAUUUCACAAUGCAACGUUGGAUUGGACUGGAAACAUAUCGUCAAGGAAAAAAAGGAAACCAUACACUAAAUAUCAAACUUUGGAACUGGAGAAAGAAUUCCUUUACAACACUUAUGUUAGCAAACAAAAACGAUACGAGUUAGCGAAAAAUUUGUACCUAUCCGAGAGGCAAGUUAAAAUUUGGUUUCAGAAUCGACGAAUGAAGGACAAGAAACAAAAGCAAAGGUCAUCAGUGGACCAAUCCUGUAGUUCGCAGUUGAUGAUGUCAAGUUUGAAGGGUGAAUAA